UCCAGCUGCUCCAAUUCCUCUCCUCUGGAUUCUUGAUAGUUUUUGGGGUGAGGGGAGGUGAGCUGAGCCAAUCCCACGUGUCCCAGCUCAGUCUCCCCUCCAACCACCUGAGCCCCCACCAUAUUUAUGGAGAGAAAUUAGCCAGUAAAACGUAAAGAACAAGAGAACUACAUUCAAACUAAGCUGGAAAAGAAUAUUUGCAUGAUCUGUGACUGUGAGAGUAGAUGAGUCUUCUGGCUAAUCCUCUGGCCUUUGAAAUCACCGCAAUCACUUUCUUCAUCCUCCUUCUAAUUUGCUUCAUUUGCAUCCUCCUUUUAUUGGUGGUUUUUUUAUAUAAAUGUUUCCAAAGCAAGAAAGAUGUACAGACAGAAAAACGCCCUUGUGCAGAUGGUAAUGGAGGUGAAGGUUGUUUAGCUGCUAAUGUGGAGGCGAACAUUUCAAGAGACCAAGAAAAGACUCUCCUGACACAAAUCAUAGACUUGAACGCACCCAUGAGGCCUGGCAUUCUUGUCCAGAGACGGAGUAAAGAAGUGUUGAUCACACCCUUAGAAGAGAAAGAAAACAUGGAAGAAGAGGGGGAGGACGUAGUAAGAGAGAAGCAAGAACCUAAGAAUGCUGAAGGAAAUGGUCAAGAGGAUGAUGAUUUGCAAAAACCACCCAUACCUAUCACCAGCAGUCAAUCAGCUGUUGAAAACCACAGAAGACCUUUAAAAGGAGUGACAUUUUCUAGGGAGGUAAUUGUUGUGGACCUUGGGAAGGAAUACCCGAAACCUCAAAGCUACCCUUUAGAACAUAAAGAGAGAAAAUUAGCUCAGAAAAGUGUGGGUAAACGAAAUGUAAACUUAGAUGAACAAUGAAAUGACUGGGGGUACAAGAUCAUGAUGAAAUGGCAAAGUAUGGGGAAUUAAGCAAAUACAGAUAGUAUUUUACCUUUGUGCAGAAACAAGUGGGCUACAUGCAAAAUUUUUAAGUAAAAUACCCAGAGCUUGAAUAUAGUUUUUUUUUUAACUCGAAUCUGAGUUCAAGAAAUGUAUUGUAUUAAGUGUCCUUAAAACACUACUCAAACACUGUUCUAACAUGUGAAUAAAGUUAUUUGUGUUUGUGCAGA